GAGCGCUCGGCACGCAUUUGAAAGAGAGAGAGCGAGAGAGGGAGGCUGAGAGGGAGAGAUGCAGGAUGCUGAUGAUGUUGCCGCAGCACUGAUGAUACUCCGGAGGGAGAAUGCUGAAAGACACACUAAACUCACACGCGUCCGUCUCAUUCUGGGAGAGACCCUGCGCCCGUUGCGCUGCUUUUGAAGGAAGUUAUAAGCGUUGCUAUUUUCAGUGUGAAAGCGAGCGAGGCUCAGGCGGGCACGCAACUGCUGCUGCUCCGCGUCCGCCGAUGUUUGCAGGGGAAUGUGAGAGGAGAGGAGAAUGAGUGAAUGAAUAUGAUGUUCAAGUAAACAGCAGCUCGUGGAAGAACAUCAGAACGCGGACGCACACGCAUGCAAGGGACAGAAUGGCAAGUUUCGGGAAACUUACGGAUUACUUUAACCGUCGGCGUUCCAGAGAUGAGCUCAUGGCUCGGAGGGAUGCCCGUCGCAGCGGCAGUUACUGUUGCACGGUAGCCGAGGCCAGAUGCUGGUGUUUGGGAACACAAUCAUGUGAGACACUUCUGGGAGGGAAUUGAACCAAAUCAUUUUGAUGACAGACUUUGGCAUUUCAGAACGACCGAACCAACAUUUGAGAUGCUGUGUUACGAUUGGUCUGCUGGUUAGUCCAGUUAUCCAUCCUUUGUUGAGGCAAAGUCAUGUCUUUGGAGCGACGGCUGCAAAGGCCUCUGUUGGCCAAAUCCAGAACAUUACCCAGCAUCCCCCAGUCCCCUGCUGCCAUCCGUGUGCAGCAGUCGGAGAACGUUUGUGAACGACAACACCGCCCACGUGUUCCUUCCAGCCCCAGUGGUCUUGAAGCAUGUACGCUGCCCCCUGCAGGCGAGAUGUGGCGGCUUGAAGAUGAAACCGAGGGGGACGUCGCUCCAGGUGCCGUUGACCUGCGUCCGCGCUCUCAGUCGCCGUUCUCACAUUUCCGGCGCCGGGCGGCAUAUCUGAGGAAGAGCAUCUCUGCGGAUGAUCACCUGGGAGAUUCAGAGUUUGAGCCCGCCCAGCCGGAGGGGAGGAGCUUAGCUGAUCCUAAAGUUAAACUGAAGAGGAAGUUUAGUCUGGGCUCCAUCGACAGGAAGGGAACGCGGCAGAGAAGGACUGAGUCUGGGAUUGUGAAGUUGACUCAGCGACUCUCUUUGAAGGACAAACACUGCAAGGAGGACAGGAGUCUAACGUCCAGACCUCCAGCCUACAGGAGGCGCUCUCUCAGCGUGGACUGGGCCGAAUCCAAAAUGACUCAACAGAUUCCAGACCCUCAUCCUCUGAUUCCACGCAAAUACUCUAGCACGUCAUGUUCGUCUCCUCCGAGUGCUGCACGGCGCCUCUACAGGAACCUGUCUGGAAAGUUCCGAACAACAAACCUGAUUCUGGACGAUACGGCACUCCCGGGCCAGUCGGACAAGGACCAUUCGCAUAAAACCAGCAUGUUCCAGGGUAACGAGGCUCUGUUCGAAGCCGUGGAGCAUCAGGAGCUGGAUGUCGUGGAGUCUCUGUUGAGCACCUUCAGUCUGGAGGAGCUGGACUUAAACACACCCAACAGUGAAGGACUGCUGCCACUCGAUAUCGCCAUCAUGACCAACAACGUCCCCAUGGCCAAACUUCUGCUGAGAGCCGGGGCCAAAGAGAGUCCCCACUUUCUUAGUCUUGAAGGCAGAGCUGCUCACCUGGCCUCCCUGGUGCAAGAGGCGGAGCAUCGCAUUGCAGAGCUGGUUGCCCAGGUCACGGGGGAGGAGCCUGGAGAGAGGGAGGAGUCAAACAGAGAGAGACAGCUGAAAACGUGGGAAUGGAAGCUCCGCCUCUACAAGCGCAUGCAGACAGGAUACACACAUGCCAGUCCUCCUGAGCCUCCCAGUGACGUUCAUCUGUCUGUCAGCAGUAGCACCAGUCUCAGAGUUUACUUCCAAGAGCCUCUUUGCCACAACUCUGCUGUUAUUACCAAAUACCGCGUGAGCUGGAGCAGUGUUCCUUCAUUUACCCCAUUGCUGGGUGAGACGGUCAUUGAAGACGUGACUCAACUCCAGUAUGACAUCACUGGACUUACAGCGGAGGAAAGCAAAGUUGUUUCAGAGGGCACAUGCUGUUAUGUCCAGGUAUCAGCAUAUAACAUGAAGGGAUGGAGUUCACCUCAGAUAUCUGAACCUGCUUGUGCUACACCCUCAAGUUGGAGGGAGGUGGACGGGCUUCCCCCCCGCCAGCAGGGUCUGAAAGAGGCGUUAGAGGAGCUCCUGGGGCAAAUUAAAGGGGCUCACCGUCACUGCGCAUGCCACGAACAAUGCAAACCCCCGUUGAACACCAGGAAACACUCUGUGUCUAAAAGUCUGAGGCAUCUCUUCCAGCCCACCAGCAAAUUUGUCAAAAAUCUGAAAAGAGGUCUUUAUCUGGCCUGUAUACUUUAUAAAGAUGAAAAUAUUCUGGUGACAUCAGAGGAUCAGCUGCCUGUCGUUGAGGUGGACGACUCGUACAGCUGUCACGCACAGGAUUUACUUUGGUUCACAAAGGUGUCACAUCUCUGGGAGGAUCUCACCUGGAUGCAGCAGUGCAUCAGUCCUGCUCACGCCUCCAGUUCCUGCACGCUCCAGACGCGCCUCAAAAUGCUUCAGGCUGCUGCACAGCUACAGGCUCUCCUCAGCACAGUGGAUCUGGGACAAGUGUAUUUUGAGCCCAUCAAGGACAAGCACGGUAACGUGGUGUUGGUGCUGAUGAAGGACGUGAGCGCGUGCGCGUCGCUGGAAGGCUUACGCUGGAUUCCCGUCAGUAAGUUCCAGCUGCAGCGCAGGUCGUCCUCUUCUUCAUCAGAUGAGCCCAGCGCACUGGAAACACUCCUCACAACGCUUCACGAGAAGCUGGCCUAUCACCGGCGCAGCAGGAAGUGUCUGUCUCCGGGCCUGUAUCUGGGUUACCUGAAGCUGUACACCUCAGUGGACCAGAUCAGGGUGCUCGUGUCACACAAACACCCAAACGUGCUGUGCCACGUCAAAGUACGAGACAACGGCCACGUCUCCAGGGAAGAAUGGCAGUGGCUUCAAUCACUGAGUUCGCUCGAGGACAGCGCACAGGUGUGUGCCGACGCUCAGAGCGCUCCGCAUCGCCUCCUACUGGCCUUACGAACCGCUGCUAAAGAUUUACUCGGCUACAUCAACAUUCCCAAUCACCAGGCACAGGAUUUCCGUGUGUAUGUAAAGGAGGUGGUUGAGUUGGGGGAGGGCGUGUCCUUCCUGUUGCUCCUCCCUCCAUGUGAGGAGGUGUGUUCACCGCCCGGACAGAACCAUCUCUGCUCGCCGCGCUCUGGAUUCUUCACCCUCCCGCUGCAGAUCUUUGAGUUAGUUCAUUUCGAGGCCUACUGCCCUAGUUUCAUCGGCCUGUAUUGCCGCGUGUCGGCUCUGCUGGGUCUGGAGUCCCUGAUGUCCCAGCAGACUUUGCGGGAGGCGUUCUCUGAGUCCGAGCUGUUCGCUGCCAAGCAGAAACAUCAGCAGGUUGAGCAGUAUUUGCAGCACAUGGAGGACCUGUGGCGUGAUGCCCGGUGGAUGGUGGUCCUCCAGUCGGCACGAUACAAGCAUCAGAGCUCCGGAGUGAGUCUGAGCUGGAUUAUUGACUUCUCCAAAGAGAGUAUCCCGGAAAAACCAGCUUCCACAUCCUCUCAGGUGGACUACCUGCCCUCACCGACGCCUUCACCGGAGACGACACGCAAACACAACGAUUCCCACGGUCUGUCUGAUGAGGACAACUCAUCCGAGGUGUUCCUCACUACUGAUAGCGAGUACAGCUCCAGCGUGGCCCAGAGCACCAGAGAACUGGACCUGCUUCCACCAUCUCCUACCAGCUUCAGAUCUGUAGCGUCCACCCACCCUUCCUCCUCCUCGCAGUCAUCGCCUCGCUCCUCUCAGCCGGAUGUGCUGCAGACCGGAGGAGGAGUGAGCAGACGGGAACACGUGAACGUGUUCGAUAGCGACUUCAUCCUCCCGAGCCGGCAGAUCGAGCUGCUACGGGUCACGGAGAAGAGAACGGCGCUGUGCGUCCGCACCAGCAGUCUGGAAUACCCGCCUCCUGUCUCAAUGCCAACCACACCCACCAACUCCUCCAGUCACAAGGGCUGGACACGCCCCUCCUCCUUCGAUCUCUGCUUCUCUGCCCCUGAACCCCGCCCUGCGCCUGUGCGCACCCUAUCAGAGGACAGUGGCGUCCAGCGACUCUCCGCCCACUCCAGCGGUUCCCCUCACAGGCCGUGCCACACCACUUUGAGAGUUUACCCACAAUACCGGACCGGUUUACCCAAGGACACCAGUGUCAAAUUACGUGUGACUCCAGAGACGUCGGCGAAAGAGAUGGUUCGUCUGGUCGUCCAGGAGAUCAACGCCGUAUGCCAUCACCUGCAGAAAGCCGCGCAGCAGUGCACGUGUGCGGCGGAUCAGUGCGGCUACCCGUUGUGCGCGUCAGAGGUGUGUGUGUACGGCAGCGAGCAGCUGGAGCACUUUGGGUUGGUUCUGCUGGUGGAAGGGAGAGAGAAAUGGCUACAGGACGACUUUUGCCCGCUCACACUACAAAACCCAUGGACACGCGGGAAACUCUGCGUCCGCUUCAAAGAGUAUUCUCCGCUCGCGCUGCAGUACAGCAGAGCCACGACUGUUUGAUCGCCCACACAUGUAAAUACACACACUCACACACUGACUGAAGUGCAUAGACUACUGAAUUUUGGUGUUUUCCUACUUGCUUCUUACUUCACAAGGUCUUAGGGUUUAUGUUUACCUAAGUGGUUUCACCAGGACUGAUCUGCUCACUUUUAUUGUUCAUCAGGUGACGUAACGAGUCCCAGAUCACCUGCACUACAAUAAUAACACAAUAACCUUAUGGGAAAAUCAAUGUCAAGUGCUUAUCAAUCACUAAUAUGAGUUAAAGUCAACAUGAAGUCAAAAUUGACUUUCUUAAUGUUUCUGAUCUUGAAUAAUUCAUCAGUGCACAUUAUUUUCAUAAUCUAUAGUCAAAAUUGAAUUAUUUUUUCCACUUCUGAAACUAUGUAUGUGUAUAUAUAUAUAUAUAUAUAUAUAUAUAUUAGUGCUGUCAAACGAUUAAUGAUUAAUUGCAUCCAAAAUAAAAGUUUGUGUUUACAAAAAUAUGUGUACUGUGUAUAAUCAAUAUGUAUAUAUAAAUACACACACAUGCAUGUAUAUAUUUAUAUAUAAAAUACUUAUAUUUAUAUAUAAUAUAAAUUAUAUAAAUCUAUAUACAGUACAUACAUGCAAAUAUAUCUUAAAUAUAUACAUGCAUGUGUGUGUAUUGAAAUAAACAAUAAUUAUACACAGUACACACAUAUAUUAUGUAAACACAAACUUUUAUUUUGGAUGCCAUUAAUCAUUUGACAGCCCUAUAUAUAUAUAUAUACACACUACUGUUCAAAAGUUUGGGAUUUCUAUAUUUAUUUAUUUAUUUAUUCACUAUACUUUUAUUCAGCAAGGGCACAUUAAAUUGGUCAAAAUUACAAUAAAUACAUUUAUAAUUAUCAUUUAUUUCAAAUAAAUGCAAUUUUUUAUGUUUCUUUAACAGCAAAUCAUCAUAUUAGAAUGAUUUCUGAAGGAUCAUGUGACACUGAAGACUGGAGUAAUGAUGCUGAAAAUUCAGCUUUGCAUCAUAGUAAUAAAUUAUAUUUGACAAUAUAUUAUAAUAGAAAACAGUUAUAUUAAAUUGUAAUAAUAUUUCUCAUUAUUACUGUUUUUACUGUAUUUUUGAUCAAAUAAAUGCAUUCUUGAUGAGCAGAAGAAACUUCUUUCAAAAACAUUUAAAAAUCGUAAUUUUUCCAAACUUUUGAACAAUAUAUAAAAUCGAGUCUUAAAUAUCCUAAGUAAAUACAUCACACUACUGAGGUAGAAUACCGUUUCAUAAUUUCAUAUUGACUUUAACUGGUCACAUGGGUAACAUCAGCAUUAUCACAUGUAACAGUAGAGUUUUUGCCACUUUAACUGCUUUCUUGUUCCAGAAGGUGUAAGUUCAGCCUUGACAGAAGCUCUUCCAUACGUAUUCAGAAGUGAAAUGUUUACAGCUUGCUGGUGGUGGUUCGAAACCACCGAACAAACAUUAGGUCAUGAUCUUUUCUGUCAAUGCAUUCUUCCUCAGGACACCCUUAUACCCUUCCACCAAAUUGUACACAUACAGGACUUAUCCAAACUGUGAAUACUCCAUUGGGAUCCUCCAAUGAGCAAAGUACACUGAACAGAUGCACUUGAGAAUGAGUCUACACUGAAUCUGCCACCAGAACAGAAGCUUUAUCCAAAUGAAGAGUGACGUUAAACCUUGUUCUGAUUGUUUGUGAACAGACACAUUAGACUGGAUGAACAAUACGACUCUAAAGCGAGAUGGACCGUAGUUUUACAGACUCUUCUUGUUUCUAAUGUUCAUUUGUGUUGCUUUGAGUAGCAAGAGCGUUUACUUCUGUUGAUCGGCCGUGUUGUGGUGCGCUGAGUUUAUUAUCGAUAUUGUGUUUACUGUCUCUGUUUCACGACUGACGGACACACACGAGUGCGAAGUAAAAGUUUUGGUGCAAUAAUAUUUUACACUGUAGCUCGGAAGCGGAUUUCUCUUCCAGAUGAACGUUGAUUUAUGGGAUCAUGUACAAAUACAAACUCAAGCUGAUACACAA